AAUGUUUCCUAUAACACUACUGCAGAUGUCACUAAAAUAUACAAAUGAGCCACCAGCAGGAAUUCGAGCUGGACUUAAACGAACUUAUACCAAUUUAUCCCAAGAUUUCUUGGACUAUUCACAGUCCCCAUUUUAUUUGUCUCUUGUCUAUUCAAUAUCUUUUCUGCAUACCGUAGUACAGGAGCGGCGAAAAUUUGGACCCCUCGGAUGGAAUAUCCCUUAUGAGUUUAACUCCUCUGAUUGGUUGGCCAGUUGUUUAUUUGUGCAAAACCAUUUAGAUGAUCUUGAGCCUGGAAAGGGUAUUAGCUGGGUAACCGUACGUUACAUGCUCGGUGAAGUGCAAUAUGGUGGGCGUGUCACCGAUGAUUACGAUAAGCGACUCCUUAAUACGUUUACACGAGUUUGGUUUCAUGAUGGCCUUUUCGAAGAGAGCUUUCAGUUUUUUAAAGGAUACAUCGUAUACAGUUUCAAAGAACGCGAAGCAUAUUUAUCAGCUAUUGAUAAUAUGUUCAAUGUCGAUCCUCCACAAGUGUAUGGUUUUAAUUCGAAUGCCGAAAUAACUUAUCAAACAAAUACAAUGAGAAAUAUAUUAGAUGAAAUAAUGUCCAUUCAACCCAAAGAAUCCUCAAGCGGAACAUCUGAAACUCGAGAAGAUCGAGUUGCUCGUCAAGUGCGAGAAAUGUUGAGCAAAACUCCCCCAGCGUUCGAUUUAUUUGAAGUUAAGCAGAUCCUCAUAGCGGCUGGGGCCACAAGUUCCAUGAAUAUAUUUCUUCGACAGGAAAUAGAUAGAAUGCAAAGAAUAAUUAUCCUUGUUCGAUCCACAUUUAAAGAUCUGUUGCUAGCAGUGGAAGGAACUAUUAUUAUGAGCGAAAACUUAAGAGAUGCCCUGGAUAAUAUUUUUAAUGCACGCGUACCAACUGUAUUUAAACGGGGCAGUUGGGUCUCUUCUAGUUUGGGCUUCUGGUUUACUGAGCUUAUCGACAGACAUACUCAAUUUUACAAUUGGUGUUUUGGAUCGCGACCAGUUGUUUUUUGGAUGUCGGGAUUUUUUAAUCCUCAAGGAUUUCUUACUGCAAUGCGUCAAGAAGUUGCACGCGCGCAUCAAGGAUGGGCUUUAGACCAAGUGACAAUGCAUAAUGAUGCACUCAAAGUAGGUCCAGAAGAGUGCAAAAAGCCCCCUAAAGAGGGAGUUUUUAUUCAUGGGUUAUAUGUAGAUGGAGCUGGAUGGGACAGGCGAACAUCGCGCCUAGUGGAGUCAACUAACAAAGUCUUAUUUACCCUUAUGCCAGUUGUUCAUGUUUAUGCUAUAUACUCAACAGCUGCAAAAAAUCCAAAACUAUACACAUGUCCAGUCUAUAAAAAAAUUAAUCGCACUGAUCUGAAUUAUAUUUGUGCAUUAUGGCUUCAAUCUAAUAAGCCUCCAGACCAUUGGGUGCUUCGUGGUGUUGCUUUAUUAUGUGAUGUUAAAUAAAUCCAUUUCGUUUAUUAUUG